CUUCCUCCCUCCAAGAACCAAUUUCAUGAAUGAAUCUCCGCUGUGACCUCACCCACGCUCCUCAACACGCUCCCUGCCUCCCGAUUGGCCGAGACAGCGAUGACGUCACUCUCCCGAGAGGGACAUGGUGCAGAAUUUGGUGAGUGGCGCCUGGAGGGUGAGCGGCGCGGCGAGGUGACUCAGGAGGGUCACGGCCGUGCAGGUGGGUCGUCUGGAGGGCGUGAGUAUUCCAGGUAACAUCAGUGGCCGUGAAUGUGGAGAGAUUAAGUGGUGAUAGCGGUGGAUGGCAUGCGUGCAGCAGCCCAGCCAAGUAUAUAUGAGGCGGAGUGGCUGCGGAGCAUUCACACCCCCAAGGGCGCGGGUCUCGACAGGCUGGCAAGACGCUCCCUCCCUCCCGCCCCGCGCGCCGCCCCGUCACCGCUCCGGCCUGAUGACAUGCCAGUAGCGUGAGGACAAGUCUCGGCCUACAGUUGGUGUCCACGUUUCGCUCGCUUAGACGCACUGUCUCUCCCGGUGGCGUGAAGUGCCGUGAACUGAGCCAACAGGACAGGCCUCCAGUGAGCCAUCGCAAGCACUGCCCGGAGGAGCCUAAGUUGGCCCCGCUAGGCACCGAGGACCCGACACGCGGCAGCAGCAUGAAGGGCCUCCUCCCCCUCACCAAGUGUGUGCUGCUCGCCCUCACGCUGCUCGUCCCCGCCACACACGGUUAUGCCCAUCCCUCAAGGAGACAGCAGCAGCAGUACCAGCAGCAGCAGGACCCAGGAUACCAACCUCACUACGGCAGGGGCGGCUACAGCAGGAUGGACGGCCGCCUCCCUGGGCACGGGCGCCUUCCUAACUCCCACAAGAGGCACCUCAGCACGCCUGCAUGGCUACGACAGCUGCUGGGACCCUUGAGUGACCGCCUGGACCCUCUUGACGACAGCCUGGAGGGAAGUCUUUCCUCCAAUGACCUGGGGCAAAACAGAGCCCUGCCAUUUGAAGACUUGGCUCCGUAUACCACUCGCCACAUCGAGACAUACCAGGAGCAUGGGCGGGACCGGAGUCGGCACUACCUUGCGCCUGUUUACCAGAACCACCACGAGGAGGUUUGCGCCACGAAGAAGAACUGGGACGUGUUGAAGGAGACCGUGGACAUGGAUGGCAACCCUGUGGUGAUCAUCAUGAGUGGCGAGACUAAUCAGACCUUCUACAGUUACAAAUGUAUUGAACCGUGCCAGGCGUGCAAAAAAGUGAUAGGCAACUCGCGGUGCAAGCAACGGUACACGUACGUAAAGAUGUUACACUACCUCAAAGAAAGCCCGGCUGGCCCCAGCGACUCCCGGUGGGGGUUUGUGGAGGUGCCGUCACACUGCGCCUGUGAACUGAUGUCGCACCCAAUCUAUGAUACCGAGUGUACUCUGAAGUAGGAGGGUCUCGCGUUCCCCAGCCAGUAAGGUUCCCCCGCAACUGAUGACGUCACAGCCCUCUUCCUCUUCCUCUUCCUUCCCUGCCCUACCCUCCCCUUCCCCUCCCUCCCCAUCCUCCUUCCUUCCUUCAGAUAUGAGUGGGCAGGAAGGCACUGCAUAGGAACAAGACGAAGAAGAAGAAGAAGAAGAAGAAGAAGAAGAAGAAGAAGAAGAAGAAGAAGAUGGUGAUGAUGAUGAUGAUGAUGAUGAUGAAGAUUAACACAAAUGAAUUUUAUCAGUUUAAGAAAAUAAGGACACACACACACACACACACACACACACACACACACACACACACACACACACACACACACACACACACAUACAACACAAGAAUGAGCAUAAUAAAGAGAAUAUGUCGGAGAAAAUAAAUAAAAAGUAAGCCAACGGAGAGAAAUAGAGCUCCAAAAAAGGACUACGAGAGAGAGAGAGAGAGAGAGAGAGAGAGAGAGAGAGAGAGAGAGAGAGAGAGAGAGAGAGAGAGAGAGAGAGAGAGUAAUAAAGAGGGUGCUAUUAAAGAAAGUGUCGAAAAAGAGAAUAAAUCGUAGAGAGAGAGAGAGAGAGAGAGAGAGAGAGAGAGAGAGAGAGAGAGAGAGAGAGAGAGAGAGA